GGAAAACCGGUCGAUCUGCGUUGUUCUCUAGUAAUUGCGAUUCUUCAGUCGUUUCUGAAAUCUGUUAGCUUGCUUGGCAAGACAAACUUGACGGCAGUCGCCCCCGCCAACUUUGUUUUUCCCCACCCAAAUCAAUUCUUUGCAGUGAUAAUCAUCAUGCUGUCUCGCACCGCUCCUAGCAGCACUGUUGGCCGCUGCGCCCAGGCCCAGCGUCGCGUGGUGGCUCCCAUCCCCGCUCGCUCCUCCAUCGCACGCAGCCGGCAAGUCGCGUGCCAAGGCCUGUUUGGCCUGGGCCUGCCGGAGGUUGCCGUGAUUGCUGGCGUGGCAGCGCUCAUCUUUGGCCCAAGCAAGCUGCCUGAGCUGGGCAAGUCGCUGGGCAAGACCGUGAAGAGCUUCCAGACCGCCGCGAGCGAGUUCAACGACGAGCUGAAGGCGGGUAUGGCGGCUGACGACGCCAAGAAGCCAGCUGCGGUUGAGGAGAAGAAGGAGGAGACCAAGUAGAGGACAAGUCGGGCCUGGAAAUGGCAGGGGCGAAUGGACUAAAAUAGCGGGUCGCGACCGUCUAGCCUGCAAUGGGAGCACAUCGUGUACAUGUGCAGCGUGGCCUUCAGGGACUGUAGGUGGUGGGGGUGAGGCGGGCGCAGCGGUUGGGUUCAUGACACGGUCUUGAACACGUUGGGUUUGCGGACGCACGCCGGAGUGCCAACAGAGUGUCAGGACGCGGACGGGAGCACGCGCGGAUUGGAAAAUGCGUACACAUAGAGCAGAAGACGUUUUUUCAGGGCUGGCAAGCGCAGCGUUUGUACUGCUUACAGGCUUUGUCAACUGCCUUGAGCUUGAGAGAGAAUUUGAUGUGGUGGAGAGAUAUCAUCGGACCAACGCGGGCAUGGUGUACAACUGAGCUGCACACUCAGGAUAAAGGAAGAGCGGAAGCUCCCCAGCGUGUAAUGUUUUUGUGCU